AGCAUCAGCAAAGUGUGAAAAUGGAUUAAUUACAUUAUAAAAACCCCAAGAAAGCUACUAAUUUUGUAGUCUCUUCUGAUCCUUAAUUUGGUCAUUCACAGAACAAAUAUAUUAAGCUAAGUGGGGAAAGUGAGAAGAUCCACUGAAUGGGUUUUACUUUUGCUUGACUUGAGUGACAUCUUCCUUGGAUGGUGUUCUUAAGAAGCUCUUAUAAUCACAAUCUCUUCUCAUUAGAGGCAUCCUGAAAGAGCGGCAAAAGCUUCGGAAACAGGCUCCUUCUUGGACUAAGGAAUUUUGCACAGACUAUACUACCAGAGCAAGAAUUGACAUCUUUAACUCUGUCUCUAUAAAGAAGGUGAAAGAGGAGAUGGAAUUGGAAGUGAGGAGUGACAUGGAAAAGAUUGAUGAUGUGAUGGUGAUGCCUGGUUUUCGUUUUCAUCCAACAGAUGAGGAGCUUGUUGGUUAUUACCUCAAGAGAAAAGUUCAGCAGAAGUCUCUUCCUGUUGACCUGAUUAAACAAGUGGAUAUUUACAAAUAUGAUCCAUGGGACCUUCCAAAACUGGCUAGUACUGGGGAGAAAGAAUGGUAUUUCUACUGCCCAAGGGACAGAAAAUACAGAAACAGUGCAAGGCCAAAUAGAGUGACAAGAGCAGGGUUUUGGAAGGCCACUGGAACUGACAGGCCUAUAUACUCAUCAGAAGGAAAAUGCAUUGGUUUGAAGAAGUCACUGGUGUUCUACAGAGGAAGAGCUGCCAAAGGGAUGAAAACUGACUGGAUGAUGCAUGAAUUUAGGCUACCUUGUAUGCCAUCAGACUCUGCAGCUCCUCCCAAGAAACUCUCAGAUAAAAGCUUCUCUGCAACUGAUUCUUGGGCAAUCUGCAGAAUAUUCAAGAAAACCAACUCCCUAUCCAUGGUACAGAAAGCUUUAUCUCACCCUUGGAUCUCUGAGUUACCAGGAGGCAUGGUAUCUGAUUUACUCACACAGCAGGGUGCAAACUUCAACCAGUUCUGUUCUGAGAAUAUCACAACACCAUCAGCCAUUCAAUUUUGUGGUAAUACCAAGCAGGAGCAACUACACCUAAUCUCCAAUGCUAAUAUCACUAACUUCUCAGUCUCAGCCUCAGCCUCAGAUAUUCCUGCUUAUAAACCUAUCAUCAAUAGCAACACAGUUACCAAAUCCCAACAAAUUCCUGUUUCAGAUGGAGACCUUGCUGAUAACCUCAUGUUCUACACACUUGAACCAACAGGCCCCACCAACCCUGACUAUAUAGGAUUUGAAGAGCCAAGCCAGAAUUAUGGUGGCUUCUCAAUUAGCCUCCCUCAGGACAUGCAACCAAACAUAACUCAAGUGCAGCUUAAUCAGUGGGAAAGUACUGUUGAGAGAACAAUUGGGUUUCCCUUCAAUUUGCCUUCAAAUGAGGCUUGGAAGUCUGCUUUGGCAUCUUGGGACUCACCCCCUUGCUCCACUGAGAUGUCCACCUCUUUUUAACAAAUGCUACACUUAAACCAAAUUGGGGACAUUCAUGUGAUGUGGGGUGAUCAGCAAUAGGCAUCUAGUUAAUUAGUAUAGUUACCAUUUUUACAAUUAGUAUAUUUACCACUAAAAUCAAUGCCAAUUUGGGUAUUGAUUUUACUUGUAAAUGUACAAGUGUUUGUUUCCCUGUUCAUAUUUGUAUGUACCCUGCCUAAAAGCCAAUACCACAGGAAAAAGCCACAAUUUUAUAAUUGGGGUGUUGGUAUAUUAUAUGACAAGGUAAAGUGAUAAAUUAAUAGACUCUAAGGCCUUGUCAAAUUUGUCAGAAUUUGUAUUGAAGUUUUUGUAUAUAGUUUUGUUUUGAAGUAAAUGAGAGA